AACAAACAUUAUAUCACCAGUCUGGUUAAUUGUGUGAUAUAAACAGAUUAAUAGAUUAAUACGUCUCUAUUCAUUAUUUUACUGUAUGGUUCUUUUUUAGAAAUGGUCGAAUGAUUUAGUAACAUAUAAUAAAGAAAAGUCCCCAGAGCUUUGGUCGGUCGAAUAAACAUAACACACAAAUACCAAAAAGGCAAAAACAACUCACUGAACUGUUUGCAUAUCUUCAUCUUCUUCUUGAGAUGAAGUUGAAGUUGUCAUCAAUCUCCAUGAAUCAUAAGAAUGUGCUUCUCAUCAAGCUCAUCUCCGCUAUUCUGAUAUCUUUUUUCGCGUUCCGUCUCUUCAUUCUCCACUCCAGCGAGUUUUCUCCAAUCUUUGCGUCGGUCACCGGAAAAUUCGAAGCUCGGUUUCUGCCGCCGGAGAUUAUCGUACCGGAAAAUGAAGAUCUGAUUCCUCAAGAUAUUGAAGUAGAGAAGUGUGAUCUUUUCGCCGGAAAAUGGAUCCCAGAUUCAGUAGGACCAAUCUACACAAACAAAUCAUGCGGAUCACUCAUUGACGGUCACCAAAAUUGUAUCACCAAUGGCCGGCCUGACUUAGAUUUUCUCUACUGGAAAUGGAAACCUCAUGACUGUUUGUUACCACGUUUUGACCCUAGAAGAUUUCUUCAACUUAUGAGGCAUAAAUCUUGGGCAUUUAUUGGUGACUCCAUAUCUCGUAACCACGUCGAAUCACUGCUUUGUAUGCUCUCUACGAUUGAAGAACCGGUUGAAGUAUACCAUGACAUGGAGUACAAAUCAAAACGUUGGCAUUUCCCUUUACAUAACCUUACUGUAUCCAACAUAUGGUCGCCAUUUCUUGUUCAAGCCGCUAUUUUCGAAGAUUCUAACGGUGUCUCGACCGCUUCUGUUCAGCUACAUCUUGAUAGACUCGAUGAGACAUGGACCAGUCUCAUGCCUAGCUUCGACUAUGCGAUCAUCUCAACCGGUAAAUGGUUUCUUAAAUCCGCAAUUUACCACGAAAAUGCAAAACUCGUCGGUUGCCAUAACUGUCAGGAAAAACCUCACAUAGAAGAGUUAGGAUUCGACUAUGCUUAUAACGCAUCGCUGCAUAAUGUCAUGGACUUUCUAGCAGCUGAAGAUAACAGUAAAGGCACGGUUUUCUUUCGGACUUCGACUCCCGAUCAUUUCCAAAACGGGGAAUGGCAUAGUGGCGGGACGUGUAAGCAAACAGAGCCGGUGAGCGAUGAGGAGAUUGAGAUUAAGGAUGUACAUAAGAUACUAAAAGAUAUUGAGAUUGAUCAGUUCAAGAGGGCGGUUAGAGAGAAGACUAACCAGGACGGUGGGAAUCUAAAGCUUUUGGAUUUCACCCGGAUGUUGCUGACCCGACCGGACGGUCAUCCGGGUGAGUACCGACAGUUCAGGCCGUUUGAUAAAGACAAAAAUGCAAAGGUACAGAACGAUUGUUUGCAUUGGUGCUUGCCUGGUCCGUUUGAUUACUUGAAUGAUGUUAUAUUGGAGACUAUAGUAAAUGGCUGAGAGGCACACAAAAUGUGAUUGGUACAUGGCCAGUGGAAAACCGGUUCUAUGGAAAUAAAUAGACUAAUACUGAACAAAUUUGUGUGAAUUGGAAACAUGUAAAAUUAUGUAAGAAAAAUUGAGAUAAUGUGAUAUUGAUUCUUGGGAGCUAGCCGGUGAAGGAAGCAUAACCGGUUUGGUAAUUGAGUUAAUUUUUUCCGGUUUUGUAAAAUCAUUAUUUAUGUUUUUUUCUGUUUACACCAGAUUUUG